AGUAAACUGAAUGGAUUCACCCAUCGUUUUGGACUGCCGGUACGUAGGUGUGAUAUACAAACAUAUCGUUCACUAUAGGUCAGGAGUAUGGGACAUUGUUACAAGCUGAAACAAAAAAGUGCGGUGCAAGAUGUACUAUCUCAGUCUGAGCGUGAUUCAACUUGAGCACCCCGUCACGACCUCGAAAUCCACUGCCAGCGAAAAAGCGCCGAACACCGGUACCAAUCCCGUUGAACACCCUCAGUCAUAGAGAUGGUCACAUCCGUUGGCCAUGGCAGAGUCAAUCUUGUCACGUACCGUUUGCAUGUGUUCUGUGUGCAGAACGACAUCACUGAGCGGGCCAUCCAUAGGAGAACUAACAGUCCUUCUAGCCCCAGCUUCGCAGAUGCCUGGUUGAUAUACCAGGAAUCAUCGCAGCCACAAACCGAGCAGCCUGGCAGUCAAAGCGUUCACUAACGUCUCGAUGAUGAUUUCUGUCGAUCCCGCGGUCGAAACUGAGCUGCGUAUUUCAUCGUUCGUGAUCCU